AUGUCGUCGCUACAAGCCUGGAUUGUGUUGGUGAUAGCAUGUUGGUCAACUUGGCAAGCUAACUUAGUUAUUGCAGGAGUUAUUCAGUCAAAUUUACAAACAUUACCAGAUCAUCGAGAGAAAUGGGCAAAUGUUGCCUACAACUACAUCUAUUCUAUCCAAUGUCAGAUGUUAAUGAGCCAUCGAAACUGUCGUAAAUUUCGAGUCACCAAAAGAUCUGAUAUGAACAUUUAUUUGGCAUAUCAUCAAGGAAACUCCAGUUAUCCAGAAAAAUAUCGUCUUGUAUUGCCUCGUAAGCAGUAUGAGAGUCAGAAAUAUUUGAAUGAUGCCAUUAUUGUCAUCGAUCCGUUUCCUAAGCUUUCCUUUGGUCAUCGACUGUUCAUAUUUGCUAUACACGGAAAUUUGGGUCAAGUAGAAUGUCGAGCUCGUCAUGGCCAAUACAUUGGCAACAAAGAAUGUUUAAUUAUGAUUACCAAGAGCGAAUGCCCUAACGAAAGAGAAAGCUAUAAAGAUUAUAAACGACGUUGCGAUACGGACAUUUUGCCGCUGGUUUAUUACGCCAACGACUUAUAUACUAGUCAACAAUUAUUGUGUUACAGUAAUUUUUCUGGAUUUGGUCAGUGUCGUGAAGUAGCACUAAGAGACGCUAUUCCUACUCCUAAAGAUUGCCAGAAUUCGGGUACAUGUCAUUUAGGGAGAGCGUCUAUUCAAGCUCAACGAACAUUAGAAUGUCCGAGGCAAUAUAAUCCAACGGAGAACUAUGCCAUUCUAUUAUCGUCGGGAUGGAAUGAUCAAACACUCUCCGUUCAUGCCGAAUCGAAUGUAAGACGCAUGUGGCAAGCACUGACUCGAGUUCAUCGCUAUCCUGUGAAUCAUGUACAGACAUUUUUUGGCCAUUAUGGAGUCAUUGAUUACUCCGUCGAUAGAACAGGAGUAGCAUAG